AUGGAGGCGGAACUUCAAGCACAGAUCCCCGGUCUUGACCGCGUGGUAUCAGAGUACUCCGUGGGGUAUCUGACCCAUGCCUCCAAGGCCUAUGUGGAAGAUGCCAACGCUCCGUCGCCACUGGCCGAAGCGGCCGACAUGGUCACCGAGCUCCUUGUCUCCGCAUCGGGCGACUUCACCCCCGAGAAUGAAAAGGCCAUCCGCAACUUGGUUGAGAAAUUCAUUUCCUCGCUGAGUGCUGCUGACGGUGUGGACGCCGAGCGUCGCCAGAUGCCCUUUGCCGCCAAGAAGCUCGACCAGGCCAUCAAUGUCGGCUCUCAACGGAAUAUGUCCUCUACUCUGGGUCUUGCCGGAGGUAACGUCGAUCUGGAGUCGGCUAACGCCAGAAAGGUGGAGUCUAAGGUAGACCGCAAGAAGCUCGAGAAGGCGGAACGCAAGAUUCGUGCCAAGCAGGAGAAGAAACAGAUGAAGACAGUGCAAUACGAAUCAUCCCGUCUUCUCAACCAGCCCGAUAGUACUAUGUCUUACGAAGAGUUCUUCAUGGCGGUUAACCCUCUGCAGCUGGGUUCGGACUCCCAGUCCAAGAGCAAGGACAUCAAGGUGGACAGCAUCGACAUCUCCGUCAGUGGUCACCGUAUCUUGACAGACGCCUCCCUUACCCUGGCGUAUGGUCGUCGCUACGGUCUCGUCGGUCAGAACGGUAUCGGAAAGUCUACGAUGUUGCGUGCACUCAGUCGCAGAGAAGUGGCUAUUCCCAGCCACAUCUCCAUUCUUCACGUCGAGCAGGAAAUCACAGGAGACGACACCCCCGCCCUCCAGGCUGUCCUCGACGCCGACGUAUGGCGCAAGCGUCUCCUUGCCGACUUGGACAAGAUCACCAAGCAGCUGGCGGACAUUGAAGCAGAGAGAUCCUCCAUGGCAGACACCUCAAAGGAUGCCGCUCGCCUGGACCACGAGCGCGAGGGUCUCGACAUCACACUAAACGACAUCCACUCCAAACUCGCAGAGAUGGAAUCAGACAAGGCAGAGUCCCGCGCAGCCAGUAUUCUGGCUGGUCUCGGUUUCUCACCCGAGAGACAACAGUUCGCGACGAAGACCUUCUCCGGAGGUUGGCGUAUGAGAUUGGCUCUUGCCCGAGCCCUGUUCUGCGAACCCGAUCUCCUCCUGCUGGACGAACCGUCCAACAUGUUGGACGUGCCGUCCAUUACUUUCCUCUCCAACUACCUCCAGACAUACCCCAGUACCAUCCUGGUCGUUUCUCACGAUCGAGCAUUCCUCAACGAAGUCGCCACCGACAUCAUCCACCAGCACUCCGAGCGUCUCGACUACUACAAGGGCGCCAACUUCGACUCUUUCUACGCCACCAAGGAAGAGCGCAAGAAGAACGCCAAGCGCGAAUACGAAAAACAGAUGGCCGAGCGCGCCCAUCUGCAAGCCUUCAUCGACAAGUUCCGCUACAACGCCGCCAAGUCCUCCGAAGCCCAGUCCCGUAUCAAGAAGCUGGAGAGGAUGCCUGUCCUGGAAGCCCCCGAGAGCGAUUACGUCGUGCACUUCAAGUUCCCCGAAGUGGAGAAGCUCUCUCCCCCCAUCGUCCAAAUGUCCGACAUCGCCUUCGGAUAUACCCCCGACCGACCCCUUCUCCGCAACGUGGAUACUCGACGUGCAACUCGAUUCACGUAUCGGUAUCGUUGGACCCAACGGUGCCGGUAAGACCACUGUCCUGAAGCUCCUCACCGGCCAACUCCAACCGACAAAGGGUCUUCUCUCGCAACACGCCAGACUUCGCAUCGGAUUCUUCGCCCAACAUCACGUCGAUGCACUGGACCUGACCACCAGCGCCGUCAGCUUCAUGGCCAAGGCUUACCCCGGAAAGACAGACGAAGAAUACCGCAGACACCUCGGAGCCUUCGGUAUCACAGGUAUGACGGGUCUCCAGCGCAUGGAGCUCUUGUCCGGAGGUCAGAAGUCCCGUGUUGCGUUUGCAUGCUUGUCGUUGACGAACCCGCACAUCCUGGUUCUGGACGAACCGUCCAACCAUCUGGAUAUUGAGGGUAUGGAUGCACUGUCGGAGGCGCUGCAGAACUUCGAGGGUGGUGUGGUUAUGGUCUCUCACGAUGUCACGAUGCUGCAGAAUGUGUGCACCAGUCUCUGGGUUUGUGAUCAGGGUACGGUGCAUAAGUUCGAUGGCACGGUCAAUGCUUAUAAGAAGUUGAUUACCGCUCAGGCUAAUGAGGCGGGUGUUGUUGCUGCUCAUUGA